UUGCUUGCUUAACUGAGCGAGCCUGUUUCUCCUCUUUAUCAACAACCAAGACACUCGAGCGGAGCGGAAUAGAUUGAAAGAUAUUAAUUUGCUCCAUCAUAUUUUCCUUUUUGUUUUCGUUUCGCUGAGACAGCACACACAUCUGCUUUACGCUCACACGAUGCGUGCCAUUCAAGUGACAGAAUACGUCAAGGGCCCCCUAGACCUCAAAGUCAGCGACAACGUACCCACCCCCCGCCCCUCAGCAACCCAAUACCUGAUCGAGAUCCACUCCGCCGGCACCAACUUCUUCGACCUCCUCCAGAUCCAAGGCAAAUACCAGCACCAGCCUGCGCUGCCGUGGAUCGGCGGGGCCGAGUUCGCCGGGACCGUCGCGGCCGUGCCGAGCUCGCGGCCGCAGGGCGGAUCCAACCCCAAAUACCAGGUCGGGGACCGGGUGUUUGGGGCGACGCAGGGCGCGUACGCAACGCACGUGCUAGCGGGCGAGGACACGCUGCUCCGGGUUCCGGCGGGGUGGAGCUUCGAGGAUGCGGCGGGGUUGUUUGUGACUGCGCCGACGGCGUACGGGGGUCUGGUGCACCGGGCGACGGUGCGGUCUGGGGAGUGGGUGCUGGUUCAUGCGGCUGCCGGGGGGGUGGGGUUAUCGGCGGUGCAGAUUGCCAAGGCGAUGGGGGCGACGGUGGUUGCCACGGCGGGCACGGAGAGAAAGAGGCAGAUUGCGAGGGAGUUCGGGGCGGACUAUGUGGUUGAUUAUCGCGAUGCGGCGUGGCCGGGGGAAGUGAAGACGCUGUGUGCGCGACAUCGUACGGGGGACGGGCGGGCCGGGGUAGAUAUUGUUUAUGAUCCUGUCGGCAUGAUUGAGGCGAGUUUGAAGUGCGUGGCGUGGAAUGCGCGGUUGUUGGUGGUUGGGUUUGCGGCGGGGACGAUCGAGAAGGUUGCGCUGAAUCGCGUGCUCUUGAAGAAUGUCAGUUUGGUCGGGUUGCAUUGGGGACAGUAUGCGAGGUUUGAGAAGGAGACCGUGGGCGUGGUGUGGCAGGGGAUCUUUGAUCUGGUUGCGCAGGGGAAGUUUAGGGGGAUAGCGUUUACGGAUGAGAGCUUUGUUGGGUUGGAGAGUGUGCCCAGGGCCCUGCAGGCGCUGGGAGGGAGGGAGACCUGGGGUAAAGUCGUGGUGAAGGUAAUUGAUGACCACGCUGUUCCAAUUUACCACCGGGCACAAUCUGAAACAGAUCCUGGCAAUCCAACUCCACUCAGUCACAGCCACAAGACGCGGCAUGUGGUGACUGUCCUUCAAAGAAGGGUUCCGUUCCUGUCCAAAGACAUGAACGGCGAAUCAAACAGGGACAGUUGGAUUGCGAAGUUGCGGUUGGUAGUGUGA